GUGACUACAGAUUUAGUAGAAGAUAAACCCAAACCGCAAGAUGAAAAAGACGUGUGGCAGCUACGAGGACAAGAAUCAAACAGCUGCAGCAAGUACAGCUAUGAUAAACAUCCAGCUACUUUCAUUCCUCCCAUGUCCACUUCAGUUUCCGAGAAAAACCCAUCAACCGGAGCCCUUAAAAUGGGGCUGCGAACCGGAGAAACAGGCUCGGCAACCUUAUUAGCUUCAGGUGAGAGCAACGUCAUGAGACCCGAAGACAAGACCGGCACCACCACCACCACCAACAAGGACACAAGGGACAAGGAAAUUGCUCAAUACAAUGCCGAUGCCCGGCUCAUGGCUGAGUUUGAGCAGUCUAGUGGUUCGGGUAAGUCUUUUAACUACUCAAGAUCAGUACUGCAUGCUCCACAAUCUGUGCCUGAAGAACAAUUAAUAACUGCGUAUCUGUCCAGAAUACAAAGAGGUGGUCUAAUUCAGCCCUUUGGAUGCUUGCUUGCAAUUGAGGAACCCACUUUUAGAAUCAUCGCUUAUAGUGAAAAUUGCUUGGAACUGCUGGCUUUAGACGGCCAAUUCGAGUCAAAAGAGUUUAAGGGUUUGCUUGGUAUUGAUGCUAGAAGCUUGUUUACGCCUUCUUCAGGGGCUUUAUUGGAGAAAGCUGCCUCGUCUAGGGAGAUUUCGCUGUUAAACCCUGUUUGGGUCUACUCUACGAGUAUCCAAAAGCCAUUUUAUGCCAUACUACAUAGAAUUGAUGUGGGGAUUGUGAUUGAUUUGGAGCCCACACAGUCGGAUGAUCCUGCAUUGUCCCUUGUUGGGGCAGUGCAAUCACAGAAACUGGCUAUUUGGGCGAUUUCUAGACUGCAGUCAGUCCCUGGGGGAAAUAUUGGUGCGCUGUGUGAUACAGUUGUGGAGGAUGUUCAGAAGCUCACUGGAUAUGACAGGGUUAUGGUUUAUAAGUUCCAUGAUGACGAUCAUGGUGAAGUUGUAUCUGAAAUCAGAAGAUCAGAUUUGGCCUACUUGGGUUUACAUUAUCCUGCCAUAGAUAUCCCUCAAGCUGCUCGCUUCUUAUUCAAGCAGAAUCGAGUGCGAAUAAUUUGUGAUUGCCAUGCAAAUCCUGUAAGCAUCAUUCAAAGUGAAGAACUAAAGCAGCCUCUUUGUUUGGUCAAUUCAACACUUAGGGCACCACAUGGAUGCCACACGGAGUACAUGGCGAAUAUGGGCUCCAAUGCCUCAUUGGUGAUGGCAGUUAUUAUCAAUGCAAACAAUUCAUCAAAGCUUUGGGGGUUGGUAGUAGGCCACCACACUUCCUCACGCUAUGUCCCUUUCCCCAUUCGCUAUGCAUGCGAGUUCCUUAUGCUGGCAUUUGGACAUCAGCUAUGCAUGGAGCUUCAAUUGGCGUCACAAUUGGCAGAGAAUAAAAUUAUCAGGACACAAACCUUAUUAUGUGACAUGCUCCUCCGGGAUGUCCCAUGUGGUGUCGUCACUCAGUCUCCUAGUAUCAUGGAUCUUGUUAAGUGUGAUGGGGCUGCAUUGCUUUAUGGUGGGAGAUGUUGGUUGGUGGGUGUGACUCCAACUGAAUCACAGGUGAAAGAUAUUGCAGGGUGGCUGCUUACUAAUCAUGGAGAUUCCACGGGACUGAGUACAGAUAGUUUGGCUGAUGCUGGUUACCCUGGUGCCGCUUUACUUGGUGAUGAAGUUUGUGGCAUGGCUUCUGCAAGAAUCACUUCAAAGGAUUUCUUGUUCUGGUUUAGGUCUCACACUGCAAAGGAAGUAAUAUGGGGAGGAGCCAAGCAUCAACCGGAUAAUAAAGAUGAUGGAAAAAAAAUGCACCCAAGAUCGUCAUUUAAAGCUUUUCUUGAAGUAGUAAAAAGUAGAAGUAUGCUUUGGGAGGUUUCAGAAAUUAAUGCAAUUCAUUCUCUACAAAUUAUUAUGAGAGACUCAUUACAGGAUAUGGAGGACCCUGGUUCUAAGGUAUUGAAAAAAAUUCAGCAGGGUGAUACUGGUAUGCAGGGGAUAUAUGAACUCAGUUCAGCGGCAUAUGAAAUGGGUAGAUUGAUUGAGACAGCUACAGUUCCUAUUUUUGGGGUUGAUUCGGAUGGUCUCAUCAAUGGAUGGAACGGAAAAAUUGCUGAAUUAAUAGGAUUGCAAGCUAGCGAAGCCAUGGGGAAGUCCCUGGUUAGUGAAGUUGUUCAUGAGGACUCACGUGGAACUGUUGAGAAUCUUCUAUGCAGAGCAUUGCAAGGUGAGGAGGACAGAAACAUUGAAUUAAAACUUACAAACUUUGGGGUUGAUCAGCAUAAGUCAGCUGUAUACAUUGUGGUCAAUGCCUGCAGAAGUAAGGAUUACACAAACAACAUUGUCGGUGUGUGCUUUGUGGGUCAAGAUGUUACAUCUGAGAAAGUUAUUAUGGAUAAAUUCAUCCGCAUGCAAGGGGAUUAUGAGUCUAUCAUACAAAGUCUGAAUCCAUUGAUUCCACCUAUAUUUGCUUCUGAUGAGAAUGCCUGCUGCUCUGAAUGGAAUGCAGCCAUGGAAAAGCUAACUGGUUGGAGGAGAGAUGAAGUCAUGGGUAAAAUGCUUCUUGGGGAAAUCUUUGGAAGUUUCUGUCGGCUGAAAGGUCAAGACACACUAACUAAAUUUAUGAUUUUAUUGUAUCGAGGAAUUAGUGGUCAUGAUACUGAGAAGUGCCCUUUUGAGUUUUUUGAUAAAGAUGGAAAAUUUGUGGAGGUAGUCGUAACAGCAAGCAAGAGGACUAAUGCAGGUGGGCAUGUAAUUGGCUGUUUCUGCUUCUUGCAGAUUGUUAUGCAUGAACUGGAACAGGCUUUAGAAGGAUGCUGGCAAGAGGAUAGGGAAUGCUUUUCAAAACAGGGGUUGGCUUAUGUCCGGCAAGAAAUGAAAAAUCCUGUGAGUGGUAUUCGCUUUACCCACAGACCCCUCGAAAAUACAUCUGUUUCAGAACAUCAAAAGCAAUUUCUUGACACUAGUGAUGCAUGUGAAAGACAGAUCAUGACAAUCAUUGAGGAUAUGGAUUUGGAAAGUACAGAGGAAGGCAGCCUGCAGCUAAACAUGGAAGAAUUUCUCUUGGGAAAUGUUUUGGAUGCCAUUGUCAGUCAAGUCAUGAUCUUGCUAAGAGAAAGGAAUUUAAAGCUCUUUCACGAGAUUCCAGAAGAUAUCAAAGCACUAUCUCUGUAUGGUGAUCAAAUCAGGCUUCAACUGGUCUUGUCAAACUUCUUGCUUAAAGUGGUGCGUUACGCAUCUUCUCCAGCUGGCUGGGUGGAAAUUAAAAUUUCACCUGGUCUGAAGCUUAUACAGGAUGGCAAUGAAUGUAUUCGUUUACAAUUCAGAAUGACACACCCUGGGCAAGGCCUUCCUUCUGCUCUUAUCCAAGGUAUGUUUGAAGGAGGAAACCAGUUGACAACACAGGAAGGCUUUGGGCUCAACCUGUCUCGGAAACUUCUUGGCAGGAUGAAUGGUCAGGUCCAGUAUGUUAGAGAGCAUAAUAAAUGCUAUUUCCUCAUUGACCUUGAACUUAAAACGAAGAAAGAAAGGGAAAAACGUUCACAGGCAGAUAAAACCAUGAUGACUUGACUGUCAAGCAGGUUACCUGUACAGGGCCACAGGCACCUCAAUUAUAUUUAUGGGUAUGUCAGGAAAAUUCUGGUAAGACCUCCAUGGUUUAUUAUAAGUUGAUCGUUCCCGGGACCUUAGUUUGACUACCAAGCCUAGCCAUUUACAUUCUAUCUGUUUCUUUAUAAUGUGCCGCUGGAUUUGUGUAGAAACGUUUUGUUGAUAUAUGUAUAUAUGCGUGUAUUCUCCCUGU